AUGUAUCAGACCAAACCUGCAGUUCUGGUGGUGCUCCAUCACACGUUUGAUCCAGAGUGUGUUGUACCAGACAGCAGCAGAGCUGUACACAGAGAAAAUACUGUUACAGUCGACUGUCUGUUUCAUGAAGAUAAAGGAUUACUGCAGUGUCAUAAGAAUGAUGAAUCACUGUCCACAGUUUUAGACUAUAUAAACCCUCAAGGCAAGAAAAAACAGCUUGAAGAGAAAGAGAGUGUUCCAACUCAGAGAGAAGCAGAGCUAUUGGAGAUAAUCAAACAGCUUGAAGAGAAAAAUAGUCUUUUAACUCAGAGAGAAACACAGCUAAUGGAGAUAAUCAAACAGCUUGAAUCCGAACAGGGAAUAGCACAAGGAGAAGGAUGUGCACACACAGACAUGGGGGACAUGAAGGACACUCAACAGGACCAAAGUGUCCAAGUCAACAAGCCAGAAACUGUGAAUCCUGGAACUGUAGAGAGGACGACUAAUAAGGCAGAGGAAAAUGAAAAUGCUCAAGAUAAGAGAGAUCAACAACUGAACUUAAAAUACCCAGACCUACAGAAAGCACAAUCAGUUGUGCAGGAAACGGGGAAGAGACUUAAAGAAAGGCAGAAAGAAAUGUAUAUGGAAUUUAACCAGUUCAUUCUUCACAUUCAAAAUUAUGAAGAAAUAAAUAAGAAUAUUACUUCUGAGAAAGAUGCGGAGUUAGUGAAAACAAAUAAAAAACUAGAAGAACUAGAAGAAGACCUGGGAACAACACGUAGGGAGUUAAAACAAAAGCAGACACAGUUGACAGACAGAGAGACACAACUGGCAGACAUGAGCAAAGAGCUAGAAACCAGUAAAAAUACAAUUAUGGAAAGAGAAAAACAAAUUCAGGAUCAAAACAAACUGAUUGAAGAUCAAGAGUCAAAUCUCGCACAGGUAACAACAGCAUUGGACAAACAACAUAAAGAAUUAGAAGACAGUCGGCAAUUUCUGAAGAGCAAAGAAACACAGCUGAAGAACACACUUCAAGAACUGGAAACCAGUAAAAAUAAAUCGAUGACACUUGAACAGGAACUACAGAAGAUGAUAAAUAUAAAAGAGCAACAGGAAACUGAACUCAAAGAAAAAAACAAACAGCUUAACGAGAAAGACAAAAAUCUGACAGAAUUUACACAAAGACUUCAGAUGAAGGACAAGACACUGGAAGAGAAGGACGCACUGCUCAGAGUGGUAAAAGAAGAACUGGGGAUAACAAAAUGGAUGAUUGAAGACCAUCAGACAGAGAUGAAAGAGAAAGUGAGACGACUAGAGAGUGUGGUGAAAGAACUAGAACAGAAACUGAUAGGAAAAGACAAACAGCCACAUAAGAAAGACAAACUUCUGAAUGAAACUACACAAACACUGCAGAAGAAGGAAGAGACACUAGAACAGAAGGACUCACAGAAGAAAGCAGAAGAUGAAGGAGGUGCAGACAUGGGGAUUGUCACAUGCCACACACAAAUAGAGAAUAAAUCACAGAAUCAAGACCAGCAGGCAGGGGAGAUUAAAAGACAGCCAGAGAAUGCAAAUGAAGUGGAAAACAAUGAAAAUCCCACUCAAGAGACAGGUGCAUUACAUAAAGAUGGAAUUACGGAAUUACAGAAGAUAGCUAAAGACACACAGGAUGAAAAAAGAGCUCCACAUGCGACAAAUAAACAACCAGCACUAAAUGAUACACAGGAGCCACCAAUACAAGUAAAGGAACCAGAGAAAAUUAAUGAGAAGGAGUGUAACAAGUCAAGUGAGAAAAAUGAGCAUCAAAAAGAUGAAGACACACAGCAGAAAAAGAAAGACUCAGAUGGAAAUCAAUUAUUAGAGAAUAAUACAAAUAGUGGUUGUGAGGAAAAAACAUUGUUAAUAGAAACAAAUAAAAGACAGAACAAUAGUACAGAAAGUGAGAGAGUACACAAGAGUGAUCUAUCUAAGAGUCAGACACCGCAUGAGGAUAAAGACUAUACAGAACAUCUUCAGAUAGCUAAAGAGCAGGACACACACCCAAAUGAGGUAAAAGAUGAAUCAGACAAACAAACUAUGGAAGAAUAGGACACAAAAUUGAAAGAGAAAAAGUGCACGCUGAAGUUGAAAUUCAAUAAAGUCAAUUUAGAACCACAGAAACAGGAGCAAGGGGAAACAGAGCCUGAAUUAUUAGGUGAUCAUUCUGACGGAGAAACAGACAGAUCUGGCAAUGAAACAGCAUGAGAAAGCAGCUGAGAUCCUGAAUGUAACUGGAAAAAUCAUACAGCAGAUUCUUUCAUUCAUUUAAUCAAUCAAUCAAUCAAUCAAUCAAUCAAUUAAUCAAUCUGAUGUAUGUUUAGAUAUAGUGUGUUAAUGCAUAUUUAGGAUAGAAUUAUAACUGUUUUCAGGCUUGCAUGCAUUUAUACUACACUGCAGUGUGAUUAAUUGUUGUUAUUAUUAAGCAUGAGGAUGUGUGAUUACUCUUGUUCCUACACUGAAUUUAUUGUAUCUGUAUCUAUAUUUAUUAUCAGUAUAUCUAUAAGUUUAAAGUCUGGUAAUACAUCUCUCUUUAGUCUCAUGUAAAGACUAAAAACAGAAAUUGGAAAAUUGUUUGGAUGUGGAGGGUAAUUUAACGAAAAAAAUAUAUAAUAUAAGGGAUUAUUUAGAUUUUUUUUUCCAUAUUUAAACUAUUUGUCUUAAUUACUGGAUCAUGUUUUUGUUGCCUCAACUGAUUAAAAUAAAUGAGACCAAAAAAUGUUUGUCAAUAGUUUAAUUAGCAAAUAAUAAAAUACAUCAAUCUACCUGUAAAGGACGACAGAAAGACCAAACCGUGUGUCUUGUUUAUUAUUAGCUUUCUUUCAGUAUCAUUUAACUGCUCCAACACACAGUACUCAGAGUUAAUGACACACAAUCACAUUUGGGGCCAAAAAACAGCUGUUUGUGCCUGAAUAUUUAUCUGUGACCAGGUAAAAAUAAUAAACCUGAACUAUAACCUGAAUAUAUUCCUGAGGCCUGAGGGAGCUCCAAGUUCCACAGUUUAAUUCUAAACUAUA